UUGGCGCUACGGUUUCAGUUUCAUUUUCUUCGUCUCCGCAAGGCGGCUGGCCACUGGCGACAGGCGCAUUCUUCCGGUUCCGUCUAUCUGUCAGGAACGCUGUUCACGAUCGAGGAACGUUCUGCAUGUUAUGGCGAGAAAAAUAGGAGUGCGCUCAAUUUAUGACACGCACAACAAUGUUGCUCUGGCUGAUGGUGAACAACAUGGUCCCGAAGACCUCAAAGAGAAGCUCAGCAAAGUCAGGGAGGUGGUGCCAAGCAUGAGCAAGGACCAGAUAUGCAUGGCUCUGAGGACUUACGACUAUGAUGUCAAUGCUACUAUUACUGCAAUAUCAGAAAAUGGACCUGAAGAGGCUUUGCGGGAAUGGAACUGCGCAGGAAGCAAAGUCAAGCUGGCAAACAAGAACAGAAAGAGGAAGAAGAAGCCCAAGAAAGAACCAGCUGCCGGCUCUGUUGGGGAAAGCCAGGAGGCAAAUGCUGGAGGCGAUGGUAAGGACGUGGCCUUGGGGAAGCUAGAGGAGGACAAGGAGAAACUGGAAGGACAGCUUACUUCUGCAUCCCCUGCAGAUGCACCCGUGAGCUCUUACAAGCAGAAUGGUAGUGAACUUGAAAAAUAUCCCGAGGUGUCCUAUGGCUGGGGUGAUGACCCACCUCCUGAGGAGCCCUCACAGGAAGAUGACGAUAAACCAGAGGAAUUCACAGAGUUUGAAAACAAAAACAGCAGCAGACCAAUGCAUUCACAUAGCAGUGGGCGCUCUAAAAGUAGCCCUGAUAUCAAAUGCGCGGACAGUAAUGAAGCAAGUUCUCUUCCUUCCAGCAGCAGCAAUAGCACCCUUCCUAAAAAAACAUCCAUCCAGGAUGGACUCGGCCUUGAGAAAUCAUUAAAGGAUCUUUCUCGCCAGACAGUAGCACUUCAGAGGGUGCAAGUUCUUUUGGAAGAGCAACUCACAAAAGCUGAAAAAGCAAUCAAAGUUGCUUUCUUGGAAGUACAAAAAGCCUUGAAUGACCGUCAGGCUCAGUUAGAAGAGGAAAUGGAAAAAGUGAGAACUGAUGCUCGUUCAAUGCUGCAGCAACGCCAGAAAUUAGCUGCUGAGCUGAAGUCACGCAGUGAAACAGCCUCCACUCUCUCUGAACAGAGCUUGACUGAGUUACGAGAUGAUAUUAAGCAUUUUGUAGUUGAACGUAAAUAUGAUGAAGAGCUGGGUAAAACUGCAAGGUUUGUCUGCACAAAGGAGAAGAUUGAAAAGGAAAUCAAGGAUUUUGGCCAAGUGGUUCACGUGAGGGAUCCGUACACUUCUCGACGACUGUCAAUGUCUUCUGUGGCCAGUUCAAGCUACCAUGAUUCUGGUUACCACCCAUCAGCCACAUCCAGUCCAGUUUACAGGAGUCAGUAUUAUUCUUACGAUACAAUGAAAGAAGAGGAGUACAGAGGAAGAAAGUUCGAGGGCACUGGCGGCUAUAGUCGUCCCUCAGAUGGCCGUUCCGCCAAGGUGUACACCAAUAGCCACCGCAGUACCUACACUGGCUCUUCCCCUGGUGGCUCUCGUUCAGGCAACUACUCGCGUGGUGGCCGUGGCCGCCGGCCAGAUGACACACGCUAUGGAGGUUCAGAUCGUGGCGGUGGCCGGGGUGGAUAUGGGGGUGGAGGCCGGCCUCACCGUUUCAACACAAGUGGCACAGGCCGUGGCCGCUACACAGCUGAGUUGGGUCGCCACACGGCUGAGCUGGGCCGCCACACAACUGAGUUGGGCCGCCACUCAUGGGAUGAGGACAGCACUAGGAAGCCUUCACCGGAUGGAUUGAAUGGCCAACUUUAGGCCCUUAAUCUUUCGUUUUUUCCCUUGGAGCACCAUUGUCCCGGGACGUUUCCCCAUUCUGGGUGUCCCCUUCCCCCUUUAUUUCCUUUUCUUUUUUUCUUUCUGUGGCAGUGCAAUAUCAUGUCCAGGCACCAGGAAAUGUACAUGUGUGCUCCCCCCUCCCCUCUUGCACUUGUUUGUGCCUGGUUCUCUAUGGCUUGUGCCAAAUGACAAAAAGGCAUAACCUUGGGUUUCUUGUAGUGUGUGCCUUAACACAGUUUGAUGUGGGACCUCCUGGGAGUGCUGUAAGGGCAUGAAGUGUGCUGGCAUUCUUGUGGUUCAUCAGCACAUUGACACAGUCAUAGGUUUGCAUGUGUGCCCAGUCUUUUUUUUUUUUUUUUAUAAGUGCACAGUAGUUCCCACCAAUCCUUCCUGUUCCUGCCCAGAGCCCCUACUGCAGAUUCUGAAUAGUGCUAUCCCAUUUGAUGAAAGCUGUUUCCUUCACUUACAAGAGCUGCACAGUAACCCUGCCUCCAUUGGCUCAUGUGCUCUGUUAGGUGGCGACAGGAACCUGAGUUGCCAUGUUUUGUGCAGAGGUUUUUCCUGAUAGGUCAGCGUCUCAAGGAACUCUUUCUGCACUUUGUUGUUUCACCUAUGUUUUUGCAUGCACAGAUAAAAUUGCUGAGUUUGGUUGCUGGCC